AUGAACAGAUGUGCAGGUGAGCCCCAGGAGGGCCAGGUGCGCCUGGCCGGGGGCCCGCACAGGUGCGCGGGGCGCGUCGAGGUGUUCCACGCGGGCAGGUGGGGCACGGUGUGCGACGACGCCUGGGACCUGGCGGACGCGCAGGUGAGCUGCCGCCAGGUGCGCUGCGGCCCCGCCCUGUGGGCGCCGGGCGCGGCGCAGUUCGGGCGCGGCUCAGGUGUGAUCUGGCUGGACGAGACGCGCUGCACGGGCAGCGAGGCGCACCUGGCCGAGUGCCCCGCCCGCGCCUGGGGCCGCAACGACUGCUACCACGGCGAGGACGCGGGCGCCGUGUGCGCAGACUCGCUGGAGCCGGAGCCGCCUCACCUGCGCCUGGCCGGGGGCGGGCACCGCUGCCAGGGGAGGGUGGAGCUGCUGCACCUGGGCAGGUGGGCCGGGGUCUGCGGGCACACCUGGGGCCAGCCCGAGGCUCAGGUGGUCUGCAGGUACCUGGGCUGCGGGAGCCCGGUGAGGGACACACCUUGGGGCACACCUGAGGAUGCACCUGGGGACACACCUGGGGACACACCUGGGCACACACCUGGGGACACACCUGGGCAGGUGUGGCUGGAGCAGGUGAGCUGCAAAGGCACCGAGAGCGACCUGAAGCAGUGCAGGGCGGGGCCCUGGCGGGAGCACACCUGUGCCGAGGGGGGCGUGGCCAACGUCACCUGUUCAGGCUCGGUGCUGGCCACGCCCCCCCAGGUGCGCCUGGCGGACGGCCCGCACAGGUGCGCCGGCCGCGUGGAGGUGUCGCACCUGGGCAGGUGGGGCACGGUGUGCGACGACUCCUGGGGCUUCGCGGCGGCCGCCGUGGUGUGCAGGUACCUGGGCUGCGGGCAGGUGAUCGCGGCCCCGCCCCGCGCGCGCUUCGGGCCCGGCGCCGGCCCCGUGUGGCUGGACGGGCUCACCUGCACAGGUGAGGAGGGAGCGCCCUCCGAGUGCCGCCACAAAGGGUGGGGAGUGCACGGCUGCGAGCACAGCGAGGACGCCGGCGUGGUGUGCGCAGGUUCGGGCCUGGCUGACCUGACUCACCUGCGCCUGACCGAGGGCCCGCACAGGUGCGCCGGGCGCGUCCAGGUGCUGCACGAGGGGCGCUGGGGCGGGGUCUGCGCCCUCACCUGGGCCACGCCCGCCGCCGACGUCACCUGCCGCUCCCUGGGCUGCGGCCCCGCCCUGCGCGCCGGCCAGGUGAGCGUGGGCAGGGAGGAGCUCACCUGGGUGGAGUCGCUCAGGUGUAACGGCAGCGAGGGGAACCUGCUGGAGUGCCAGGUGAGGCUGUGGGGCGCCCCCUACUGCCCGCACGCCACCGUCACCUGCGGCCGGCCAGGUGAGGCCCCAGGUGUGACCCUGGCACCCUCAGGUGAGUCCCAGGUGUGCCCAGGUGAGGCCCUGGCCCCUUCCAACGCGACUCUGGCGCCCUCAGGUGCGGCCUCGCCACGCCCAGGUGAGGCCCUGGCACCCUCAGGUGUGACCACAACGCCCCCAGGUGUGCCCCCAGGCCAGGCCCCGACGCACUCAGGUGUGACGCCGGCACCCUCAGGUGAGCCCCUGGUGUGCCCAGGCUCAACCCAGCCCCAGGAGGGCCAGGUGCGCCUGGCCGGGGGCCCGCACAGGUGCGCGGGGCGCGUCGAGGUGUUCCACGCGGGCAGGUGGGGCACGGUGUGCGACGACGCCUGGGACCUGGCGGACGCGCAGGUGAGCUGCCGCCAGGUGCGCUGCGGCCCCGCCCUGUGGGCGCCAGGUGCGGCGCGCUUCGGGGAGGGGGCGGGGCCCAUCUGGCUGGACGGGCUCAGGUGUGCAGGUACCGAGGCUCACCUGGCCGAGUGCCCCGCCCGGCCCUGGGGGGAGCACACCUGUAACCACGUGGAGGACGCCAGCGCCAUCUGUGCAGACUCGGGCCUGCCCGCCGCCCCCCAGGUGCGCCUCUCAGGUGCGCCCGACAGGUGCGCGGGGCGGGUGGAGGUGCUGCACGAGCACCUGUGGGGCACCGUGUGCGACGACGCCUGGGGGCUGCGGCAGGCGCAGGUGCUCUGCGCACACCUGGGCUGCGGCCGCGCCCUGGAGGCGCCAGGUGCGGCCAGGUACGGGCGGGGCGCGGGGCCCAUCUGGCUGGACGACGUCACCUGCGCCGGGGACGAGCCUCACCUGCUCAAGUGCGCCCACCGCGCCUGGGGGGAGCACAACUGCCACCACGGCGAGGACGCGGGCGUGGUCUGCGCAGGUAACUCCAGCUCAGGUGAGGUGCGGCUGGCGGCCGGGCCGCACCUGUGCGCAGGUAGGGUGGAGGUGCUGCACGAGGGGCGCUGGGGCACGGUGUGCGAGCGCGGCUGGGACCUGAGGGACGCACAGGUGGUGUGCCGCCAGCUGGGCUGCGGGCAGGCUCUGGAGGCUCCGGGCGGGGCGCGGUUCGGGCGGGGCUCGGGCCAGGUGUGGCUGAGCGACCUCACCUGCGCGGGCAGCGAGCGACACCUGGGGCAGUGCCCCGGGCCCACCUGGGGAAACAACACCUGCGGGCACGGCGAGGACGCGGGCGUGGUGUGCGCAGACGCUCUCCCCACGCCCUCACCUGCCCACCCCUCACCUGAGCCCUUCCAGGUGCGCCUGGCCGGGGGCCCGCACAGGUGCGCCGGCCGCGUGGAGGUGUCUCACCUGGGCAGGUGGGGCACGGUGUGCGACGACACCUGGGACCUGAGCGCCGCCCGCGUCACCUGCCGGCACCUGGGCUGCGGCCCCGCCCUGAGCGCACCUGGGCGGGCGCGGUUCGGGCCCGGCGCCGGCCCCGUGUGGCUGGACCAGGUGCGCUGCACAGGUGAGGAGCUCACCUUGGACAGGUGCGAGAGGCCGGGCUGGGGGCAGCACGACUGCGACCACGGAGAGGACGCGGGGGUGGUGUGCGCAGGUGCCGACCCCCCCCAGGUGCGGCUGCGGGGCGGCCCCGGGCCCUGCGCGGGGCAGGUGCAGGUGCUGCUGAACCACACCUGGCUGCAGGUGUGCGGCCUCACCUGGGGGCUGCCCGAGGCGCAGGUGCUGUGCCGGCAGCUGGGCUGCGGCCCCGCCCUCAGCGCACCUGUGGGGCCUCACCUGCCGGGGGAGCCGCACCUGGCCGGCCUCACCUGCGACGGCGCCGAGUCGCAGCUGCUGGAGUGCUUCGGGGAGGGGGCGGGGCCCGGGCCCUGCGCAGGUGGGGCCGCCCAGGUGCGCUGUGCCACGCCCAGAGGUGCUGCCCGCACCUGUGCGUACCUGGUGGCGCUGCUGGUGCUGAUGACGUCACUGGGCGGGGCCCUGCUCUGGCUCACCUUGCGGGCCAGGUGUGUCCCAGCUCACCUGGACGCCCCGAGGGCCCCCGGCGCCAUUUACCUGCCCAGGAGAGCCUCACCUGGCGACACCGAGGUGCUGCGGCUCAAGGACGACGCCCCCUGA